AUGGACAAAUUCGGGCCCGCUCGGGGCGAACCGAUCCCCAGCAUACUCAAAAGGCCUAAAGCAAAUAGCGAUCUGCUCGAUAAAAGCUCCAAAAUAAAACGCGAAAAUGUUACGAAAAAGAGCGACGUGAACCUACCGCUGUCACAGGGGUGCACUCCUUUGAUGUAUGCUUGUCAGCAGGCGGAUUAUAAGACGGUGGUGGAAAUAGUUAAUAAAGAUCCGUCGGCAGUCCGCAAGCGUGAUCGUGGGUUGCGUAGCGCUUUGCAUUAUUGUGCGUCAAGUGGAGUCGGGGCGAGUCAGGCUGCGCGGGCGGCUUGCGCUGACCGAGUGCUGAUGGCUGCGCCGGCGCUUUCCAAUGCUCGAGAUGCAGAUGGUCUAACACCACUUCAUCUAGCUGUAGUCCACGGGAACGUACCUCUUGUGCAGACUCUGUUAGCAGCUGGGGCAGAUGUCAAUGCUAAAGAUGACGAAAAUCAUACCGUCGUUCACUGGGCAACCGUUUGCGGAGAAGUUGGGGCUUUAAGAGCUGUCUUAGCAGCUGGAGCGGAUGCGGCUACUCCUGAUCAGCAUGGAGGAUAUCCCCUGCACUAUGCUGCACAGAUGUGUGGAGCUCCUGCUGCCGUUGACCAUCAAAGUCGAGGAGCCGCAUUAGAAGUAUUACGUGCCCUAGUCAAAGAAGGAGACGCAAGAGUUGAUGUAAGAGAUGCGGAUGGUCGCACACCAUUAUUAUGGGCUGCCUCUGCUGGCUCUGCAGCCGCUGUAUUAGCAUUACAUCAAGCGGGCGCAAGAGUUGACGAUGCAGAUAGAGAUGGCUUAACUGCACUACACUGCGCAGCGGCAAGGGGCCACACGGAAGCAUUAGAGACUUUGGUAGGCCUCUGUGGAGCUCGUGUUGAUGUGGCAGAUUCACACGGAUGCACUCCGCUGCAUUAUGCUGCAGCUCUUGGGCACGCUGAUGCAACUUCAGCCUUACUCGAACACGGGGCUGAUGCCCAUAGACAAGAUCGCAGAGGACGUAGUCCGGCCCACACCGCCGCUGCUAAAGGACAGAUUGAGACGGUGCGGAUUCUGGGAGCUCGAGGCGCUAAUCUAUGGUUACGAAAUUCUAAAGGUGAUUUACCACUUCACGAAGCAGUCGCUUCUGGUCGCAGAGAAUUAGUAAAAUGGUUAUUGGAUGGAAGACCAUCUCAAGUUAACGCAACGAAUCACGAGGGUAGAUCGCCUUUACAUAUCGCAGCCGCUACUGAUAACGCAGAUCUUUGUAGGUUGUUAUUAGAUCGAGGCGCCGAAGUUAAUUUUGUUGCUAGAUCUUCGAAGAAUGAACCUAUUACGCCUUUAGAUUGUGCAACUAGCCGAGGCCACCGUUCCACAGCUAAAUAUAUACAGAUGCAUGGGGGUUUACCUGCAUCAAAACUACCAUGUACGAAAAUCAUAAUCGAUAAUACUCCAAUUUCGAGUUUACCCUCGCGACGGGUAACAAGUACAAAAAUAGAUCUCCGAGAUAAAAUAAGAAUAGAAAAACGUGAAGUGGUAGAACUAUCCAGCCCUAUGCACGAUAGGCACCGAGUAAGGGAUGAAAGUGAUUUAUAUUCCGAUAGUUCUUUAGACAAUCGUAGAAGCAAUAAAAACAUUCACCAGAGGCCUUCGGAGCGAAGAAAGAGGCUGGUUCAAAGCACGCACAGAAGUUUUAGUGAUGGAUAUGAUACUGAAUUGGAAGCAUGCUGUCACCAUGCGUAUCAAAAACAAAAGAGAGGGAAGGAAUCGAAAUAUCACAAAAGUAGAUCAAGAAGUGAACCUUCAAAGCGAAGUAAAUCUACAGCAAGACAUCGUCGAAAAUAUCGAUCUAGUUCAGAGGAUUCUAUAGACUCUUCAAGUUCUCGGAGUAAACGAAAGAGCAAACGUCAUAAGAAACGCAGCAAACGAAAAACGCAAUCUACCUCCGAGAGCAGCUCGGAAUUUAGCGAACGGCGAAGUUCAAAGAGAAAAGGUAAAACUACAUCUAUACAUAUAGAAAAUGAUGACACAAAACAAAGCGUAAAUAUAAUAAAAUACAAAAAAAUCGACAAUGCCCAGAGCAGUGUAGCUCAAGAAAAUGAUCAAAACGUAUUAAUCGAUACUUAUUUGGAUCAAAAAAACGAAGUAAACAAAGAUAUGCAAAAAGAAAAAAACAAGACACAAAGUGAAACAGAAACAGACACGGUUUCGGUUAAAACAAACAUGGUUAUAACUGAAGCCCAAAUACAUAUGGAACGAGAGUCUAGUCAGCAAGGAAGUUCAGAGCUGACAGUAACUCUCGAUUCGUCGAAUAAUGUAUCAAUUGAAACUUCAAACUUAAAUGUAUCUCACGCUGAUGUUAAGCCAGAAUUAAACGAGCCAAAUGAUGACGAGAAAAUAAUGGAAAAGACAACUGACACUGACAUUAAAGAAGUUGAGAAUACUGAUGACGUAACUGAAAAUAAAGAAGUUAAACCUCAAAUAGUAGCACAAGAAGGAAACGAAGUUGCUGUUAAAGAUGAAUCGCUAGUUACAAAUACAUCUAAAGAGAAAACAAUUGAAGCUGAUAUAAAAAGCAAUGGUAAUUUAGAAGAAAUAGAAGAGAAAAAUAAUGAAAACUUAAAGGACAUUCGGAAAAGAUCUUUUCAAGUUUUAUCUGGACCUGAAAAUUCGGUAAUCAAAGACUCAUCUGAACCAAACGGUGGCUCAAGCACAGAUUUUAAGAAGGAACAAUCUGGAUCUGAAGAAAAAAGUUCGCCAAGUGUCUCAUUUUCAAAUAAAGAUCAAAUAAUUAAAAUCGAAGGCAGCAAUACUAUAUGUCAAGAAAUGUUAAAACAAUCAAGGGAUGCCACUUUAGAUCAGUCGGGUGACAGUUUAGAAAAAGACGAGAAACCUUCAGACUCUGAAACAAAACCAGAUAGCAGUAAUGGAAGUAAUUCAGCGGGGACAAAGGGGCUACUUUCUGUCAUUGAUGAACCGGUUGAUAGCAUGGAACAACCAUCUGUCCUGAGUGGCCCUGAAGAUUUAGAUAUUAAUCUACCACUAUCAGAAACGUCUCCGAAAAUUCAAAGAAAUUCUUCAAAAGAUAGUCGUACAAGUAGUAGAAAAAGUAGCAUUUAUGAGACCGAAAGCUAUAAAGUUUUAUCUGAAACCGCGGGUACUUUAGAAUCAACUCCGGGUAUUUUGAAGAAAUCUAGCGCCAUUGAUGACAGUUAUUUCGAUGACGAUAGGCAAAUACAAGACACUUUAUUGCGUCAAAGUUCGUAUGGAAGAGUGCCUAGUGUAAGUGAUAACGAAAUUUACUACAGCCAUUCGGAGGCGAACGGAAAACGAAAAAGGUUUCGAAAAAAAGGACGAUCAAGAAGUCGUAUAACGAUACGAUCGAAGAGUGAAAACUCCGAAAGGGGUUAUGAAUCUAGUGGCGUGAUGGACUCUGGUUUCGAGCCAAGCCCAAGACCAAUUCAACGUUGUAUUAUAAGUCCUCGGCUCAACGCCUAUUAUCAACAAAGAAAAGCUGGUGGGAGGUUGUCUAGUAAAUCUGACAGCAAAAUUCCAAUAAGAAAACCUGGUGACAAGAAUGCCGUGGAUAUGAGAUCUGUAACACAACGCAUCCAAACCAACAUGAGAAGGUACUACUGUGAACGAAAGAUUUUUCAACAUUUACUAGAACUCAAGCGUUUGCAAAUCCGAACGAGUAAAGCAAACGAAGCUGUCUUAGUAAAAAGGGCUAUCGACGAAUACAACAAAUCCACAUUGGCCCACGUGGGAAAACUGCAGAAAAGCGGAAAGAAACAUUUAGAUAAUUUACCUGAGAAACCUAUCGAGUUCGACUAUGGAGAAAGCGAAUUAUACAAGAUGAGCGCGAUUCCCGAUAACCCUUGUCUGUGCACAAGCAAAACUCACCGAUGCUUUCACGCUGUUCACGCCUACACUGGGAUUCCUUGUUCAGCCUAUAUUCCUUACAGGUGGAAUCACCACACAAUGCCAAAACCAGCAACAGCAGGUACCACAGCAAAAUCCAAAAGCUUUUUACCUAAAAUUCAUGCCAAACCAUCUUCGAGUUCAGGAAAGGCGCACGUAACUUUGGAGGUAUCUCAUGGAACAGAGAAACAACUAAUAGCGUUACCAGCUGAAAAACUGGAUAAGAAUAAACGAUACUACGUGACGUUUACUGUGAAGGGCUCCGAGCCCCCUUCGGACGAUAAUGCCUCUCCGACGUCUGCUAACAUAAAAGGCGUCAGAAGUGGCUAG